AUGAACCGCCCAGCUCCAGAAGUCACAUACAAGAACAUGAGAUUUCUUAUUACACACAAUCCAACCAAUGAGACCUUAAACAAAUUUAUAGAGGAACUUAGGAAGUAUGGAGUUCCUACAAUAUUAGGAGUAUGUGAAGCAACUUAUGACACAACACUUGUGGAGAAAGAAGGCAUCCAUGUUCUCGAUUGGCCUUUUGAUGAUGGUGCACCACCAUCCAACCAGAUUGUUGAUGACUGGUUAAGUCUUGUAAAAAUUAAGUUUCGUGAAGAACCUGGUUGUCGUAUUGCUGUUCAUUGUGUCACAGGCCUUGGGAGAGCUCCAUGGUGUGGAGCUAUUAACAGCAAGCAACUUUUAUAUCUGGAGGAGUAUCGUCCUAAAAUGCAACUGCACUGCAAAGACUCCGAUGGUCAUAAGAAUAACUGUUGCGUUCAAUAA